GAUCUCAUCACCAUGUGAAAGACAUCUGCUAGGGUUCGUCCACGAGGACACGAUUUCUCGAACCUCCCCGAGGAACUGGUUUGGCAUUAACUGUCCCAUAAGCCACUGAGAAGAUAUUUAUUAACAGAACCUUAAAGAUGUCACGUUUUUCCAAUUUUGUUUCCGGAACGUUGUGGUAGUUUUUUUUAUCUGGACCAACCAGAAUACACGCUGUGCACAUGCAUUUCCUUCCCAGCGACGAUUGUAGCGAAGCGUGGCCGAAGACGCCCAAGCCCCUGUCACAAGCAUCCAUUCCCUCCUCGCUUUUGAAGUAGCUUCAUUUUUACCACGUCACCUGGCCACUGCGCUCGCACCAACUUUGGCUCGAAUCAUCUGGCCCUUUUGAGAUCCUUAAAUCUGAAAUCUUUAAGGACUCCCCAAACACAUUACCUGGGCUAGCUAUAACUACGAGUGCAGCUAGGUUGCAAACGCCAAAAAGGGUGUCUUGCAGGAGAACCCUGAUAAAGCGCCAAGCUGCAUUCCUCCACACCGUUGACUCCCCCGACCUACAUCAAGCGUCCAUCUUGCCCAACAAACUCUACGGUCUAGACUAGACUCCAGUCGACACUUGCAUAUGUACCAGCACUCGUGGUUUCAGCCGAUGUUAAAUCAUUCAAAAACGAUCUUACGGUCUCAUACUCUUUCGUAUUCUACUGUACCUGUCACCAUCUACCCUUAGAGAAUUCAAAGUAACGCCAGAUUUCCGACGCAACACUGCCGACGCACUUCCACGACGUCAUGGCGGAUCCGGACAUGAAGCCCGCGCCCAUUCCGAAAUCCAAGUCGACGACGACUCUGACGUCCGACAGCGAACCCGUCAUGACGCCAGAGGACAGCACUGCAUCUCCUUCACGGUCUCACCCAGAUUCUUCAUCUCCACACGACAAUGCAGAAGAGACUUGUGCCAUUCUUCCCGAAACGCCUACCCUUAGCGCAACCACUCCGAAAAGCCCUAGGCUGUCGCGCAACCCAUCUUUCUCCGGUAGUAGCUCGUAUCAGGAGGACUGGGAGGCUCUCCCGCCCCUGGACCGUCUUACGGUCCUUGACUUGCUCGAUAACUUCGCUCUUCCCCACCAACUCGAACUUCAACUCGGCAAGAUUCAAAAGGGCUUGAGCAAGUCGCGGCAGGCCAUAAGAGCCCGAGGGCAGGUUGCACGGGAUCGCAUGGUCGAAGAAUGGCGGCAACGCAUACCAGCCGAUGAACAGCUUGACCGCUACAGGAAGCGCAUGCGAGACAGUGUAGAGAAGCUCGGCCGGCGAUGGAAUGACACCAAGGUCGUGACGGCCCGCGAAAAGGUCUCGUUUAUCUGCGGCGUCAUGAACAUUUUCAUCAGCGGCUACCUAAUGGGUGGCUUGCCUGAGUACAUGCACUGGUGGUACACGCUGCAGAUCUUUUAUUUCCUGCCCAUCAGGUACUACACCUACCAUCGUAGGGGGUACCACUACUUUCUUGCCGACUUGUGCUACUUUGUCAACUUCCUCCUGGUCUUGAGCAUAUGGUUCUUCCCCAACUCUAAACGGCUGUUCACCGCUGUUUACUGUCUGGCUUUUGGCAACAAUGCGGUGGCUAUUGUCAUGUGGCGCAACAGUCUCGUCUUCCACAGCUUCGACAAGGUCACCUCGCUAUUCAUCCACAUAAUGCCGUGCGCAACACUGCAUUGCAUGGUCCAUCUUAUCGACAAGGAACUUCAAGAGAAGAUGUUUCCAGCGGUGUACCUGAUCAGACACUCACCUCCCGGCUCUCCCACUGCUUAUGCCAAUGUCAUCUCCAUGCUCAGCUGGUCAACUAUCCCCUAUGCAGUUUGGCAGUUGUCUUACUACUUCUUCAUCACUGUGAGGAGGCGCGAAAAGAUUGCCGCCGGUCGGCCAACAUCCUUCACCUGGCUGCGCAAGUCAUACUCCAAAACCUGGAUUGGGCGCAUUGUUUUAGGGCUGCCAGACGUGCUCCAGGAACCGGCAUUCAUGUUGAUACAAUACUCAUACGCCGUUCUGACGAUGCUUCCCUGUCCGAUCUGGUUCUACAGCCGCUACGCGUCCGCCAGCUUCCUGAUGUUUGUCUUUGCCUGGUCCGUAUACAACGGUGCCACCUACUACAUAGAUGUCUUUGGGAAGCGGUUCCAGAAGGAGCUUGAGGCGAUGAGGGCUGAGGUGGCCAAGUGGCAAAGCCAUCCUGAUCUCGGCAGCUCAAUGGGUAGCCCCAGCAUGGGACCCAGCCAUGAGUCGGCAGACGAAGCCGAGGAUGAGGCGCUGUUGUCACCCGAGGCGACCAAGAGGCGUCCUCGCGAUUCCGUCAACUCUAUUUCGUUGCUCAGUGGUGAUGCGGAGAUUUUGGCAACGGGUGUGGAUAGCAGUGCGAAAGACGUCGCUCGUGAGCGGAAGUGAUGUAUGGUUGCUGUAUUUGGGGUUUGAUUUGUUCAGCUCUGUUUCAUUUUUCGCUUAAAGGGCGUUUGACUGUGCGUUAUUUUGACUGGCAUUGGCGUCUGAUUUGGCUUUCCUUUAUGAGCUCCAAUACUUUCGCUUGAGAUGGUUCCACCAUCUUUUAACACCCUCGAUAAGCCGGUGACAUUUGGACCUGUGACUUCAAUAAUGGUUGCCGGUCCUCUUUGCAAGGUUGUCGUGACACUGGAGAUUCCUAGGUUAUUUGGUAUCGCAAUUAAAUAUGGACUAUCGGAGCUUCAUUAUUAUUCAGGUCUUUUACAAUAUACCC